CAGCGAAGCUGUAGCCGCAGCAACAGCGCUCAGGAUCGGCCACACACCGGGCUGACAUGCCGCGGGGAUGAUGGCUGCCUUCGGCAUUCUGAGCUACGAACACAGGCCUCUAAAACGGCCAAGACUCGGUCCUCCGGACGUUUAUCCUCAAGACCCGAAACAAAAAGAGGAUGAGUUGACAGCGUUGAACGUCAAGCAAGGAUUUAACAACCAGCCAGCCGUUUCAGGCGAUGAACAUGGCAGUGCUAAAAAUGUCAAUUUCAACCCUUCAAAGAUCAGCUCAAACUUCAGCAGCAUCAUUGCGGAGAAGUUGCGAUGCAACACGUUUCCAGACACGGGGAAGAGAAAGCCACAGGUCAAUCAGAAGGAUAACUUUUGGCUCGUCACGGCAAGGUCGCAGAGCUCCAUCAAUAAUUGGUUUACAGACUUAGCUGGCACCAAACCUCUAACUCAGCUUGCUAAGAAGGUUCCAAUCUUCAGCAAGAAAGAGGAAGUGUUUGGCUACCUUGCUAAGUACUCUGUGCCGGUGAUGCGAUCUGCUUGGAUGAUUAAAAUGACAUGUGCAUAUCACGCUGCCAUAACUGAAACCAAGGUGAAGAAAAGGCAUGUCAUUGACCCUUGCAUAGAAUGGACUCAGAUAAUUACCAAAUACCUGUGGGAGCAGCUGCAGAAGGUGGCAGAGUUUUACAGACAGUCUCCCAACCAGGGCUGUGGAUCUCCUCUGCCUGCUCCUCCUACGGAGGUGGAAACUGCCAUGAAACAGUGGGAGUACAAUGAGAAACUAGCCAUGUUCAUGUUUCAGGAUGGCAUGUUAGACAGACAUGAGUUCCUCACCUGGGUCCUGGAGUGCUUUGAGAAGAUCAGACCUGGAGAAGAUGAGCUCCUUAGAUUGCUGCUGCCACUCCUGUUACAGUACUCGGGGGAGUUUGUGCAGUCAGCCUAUUUAUCUAGACGACUGGCUUAUUUCUGCACACGCCGGCUCAAUUUGCUCCUGAGUGAUGGAAGUCUUGGACCAGGUCCAGGCGGGCACCCGACACAUGGCAUUUCAGCACAGCAAGGGAACACUCUUCCACCUACCCCCACCUCCCAGCCUGCAGGGAGCAACCAGCCCCAGACCCCCUUCACAGACUUCUACAUCUGCCCUCAACACAGGCCUGUGGUGUUUGGACUUAGCUGUAUGCUGCAGAGUAUUGUAUUGUGUUGCCCCAGUGCACUGGUUUGGCACUACUCUCUGACAGAUAGCCGGAUUAAGACCGGUUCCCCAUUAGACCUACUGCCGAUCGCCCCCUCUAACCUGCCCAUGCCAGGGGGCAACAACACCUUCAACCAGCAGGUUCGGGUUAAGGUGAGGGAGAUUGAAGAGCAGAUCAAAGAGAGAGGACAGGCAGUGGAAUUCCGCUGGUCCUUUGACAAGUGUCAGGAAACAACAGCUGGUUUUACCAUCAGCCGAGUUUUGCAUACUCUGGAGGUUUUAGAUAACCACAGCUUUGAGAAAUCUGACUUCAGCAACUCCCUGGAUUCGCUGUAUAACCGUAUCUUUGGCUCAGGGCAGAGCAAGGAUGGACAUGAGAUGAGUCCAGACGAUGAUGCUGUGGUCACCCUGCUGUGUGAGUGGGCUGUUUCUUGUAAAAGGUCAGGGCCACACAGAGCCAUGGUGGUGGCCAAACUCCUGGAGAAGAGGCAGACUGAAAUAGAGGCAGAGAGGUGUGGAGAGUCAGAGGUUGUAGAUGAGAAGGGCUCUGUGUCAUCAGGUUCUCUGUCUGCUGCAACUCUGCCUGUAUUCCAGGAUGUUCUUCUGCAGUUCUUGGACACGCAAGCCCCUGUGCUAACUGAGCCAGGGAACGAGAGCGAGCGGGUGGAAUUCUCCAAUCUUGUGCUCCUCUUCUGCGAGCUCAUACGCCAUGACGUCUUCUCCCACAACAUCUACAUGUGCACUCUUAUCUCCCGUGGCGACCUGGCCUCAGACUCCCAUCUGCCCCGCCCACGCUCCCCCAGUGACGAGCCCUCUGACGAAUCAGAGCGCAAAGAACAGGAUGCAGGAUGCAGCAUUAAAAUGGAGGAUGCUGGCCUGUCAGAGUCAAUGGAGAUAGAUCACAACUCUAGCGCUAAUUUUGAUGAGCAGAUGUUUUCCCCUCCAAUGCACUGUGAGUCAAAGGGAAGCCCCUCCCCAGAGAAACCUGCCCCAGAGCAGGAGAGCAAAAACACUGCCAAGGACAAGGGUAUGGACCCUGCCUUCCCCCUAGUUUACGAGCAGCCCCGCCACAUACAGUAUGCCACCCACUUCCCUAUUCCUCAGGAGGAGAGUGCGAGUCAUGAGUGUAAUCAACGUCUGGUGGUUCUCUAUGGAGUUGGCAAGCAGCGAGACGAAGCUCGGCAUGCCAUCAAGAAGAUCACCAAAGACAUCCUAAAAGUUCUCAACCGCAAGAGUACAGCAGAGACAGGAGGUGAGGAAGGGCAGAAGAGGAAGAGGAGUAAACCGGAGGCCUUUCCCACCGCUGAAGAUAUUUUCUCUAAAUUCCAGCACCUCUCACACUUUGACCAGCACCAGGUCACCUCUCAGGUGUCCAGGAAUGUUCUGGAACAGAUCACCAGCUUUGCCUUAGGGAUGUCCUAUCACCUCCCACUGGUCCAACACAUCCAGUUCAUCUUUGACCUCAUGGAAUACUCUCUCAAUAUAAGUGGCCUCAUUGACUUUGCCAUACAGCUGCUAAAUGAAUUGAGUCUGGUGGAAGCAGAACUGUUGCUGAAAUCUUCCCACCUAGCUGGCAGUUACACUACAGGCCUCUGUCUGUGUAUCGUGGCUGUUCUGCGGAGAUAUCACUCCUGUCUCAUCCUCAACCCUGACCAGACCGCUCAGGUCUUCGAUGGGCUGCGGAUUGUAGUGAAGUCUGGUGUGAACCCUGCAGACUGUUCCUCAGCAGAGCGCUGUAUACUGGCCUAUCUGUACGACCUCUAUACCUCCUGCAGUCACCUGAAGAGCAAGUUUGGAGAGAUUUUCAGUGAGUUCUGCUCAAAGGUGAAGAAUUCCAUCUAUUGGAACAUUGACCCAUCAGACUCGAACAUGCUAUGGGAUCAGAUGUUCAUGAUCGAUGCUAUCGCUAACCCCACCGCCCACAACCUCAACCACUCAAUGGUGGGAAAGAUCCUCAACGACAGCCCAGCCAACCGAUACAGCUUUGUGUGUAAUGUGCUCAUGGAUGUCUGCGUGGACCACCGCGAUCCUGAGAGGGUGAAUGAUAUUGGUAUUCUGUGUGCGGAGCUGACGGCGUACUGCCGCUCUCUCAGUGCAGAGUGGUUGGGCGUUCUUAAGGCUCUCUGCUGCUCUUCAAACAAUGGCAACUGUGGCUUCAAUGAUCUGCUCUGCAAUGUUGAUGUGAGUGAUCUGUCUUUCCAUGAUUCGUUGGCUACAUUUGUUGCCAUCCUGAUAGCUCGACAGUGUUUGUUGCUGGAGGAUCUGGUGCGAUGUGUGGCCAUCCCCUCCCUCCUGAACGCAGCCUGUAGUGAGCAGGAUUCUGAACCUGGAGCCAGAUUGACCUGUAGGAUCCUUCUUCAUCUGUUCAGAACCCCACAACGCAAUCCCUGCCCCCAAGAUGGCACCAAAUCAGAUAAAUCCACAGUGGGGAUCAGGUCGUCCUGUGAUCGCCACCUGCUGGCUGCCUCUCAAAACAGCAUAGUGGUGGGAGCGGUGUUUGCAGUGCUGAAGGCUGUUUUCAUGCUGGGUGAUGCAGAGCUGAAGGGAUCGGGCUUCUCCCACCCUGCUGGUUUGGAUGACAUUGGAGAGGAUGAAAUGGGCUCCAAAAAAUCAGGAGGCCGUAAUGUCUCCAUCGAAACGGCCAGUCUAGUUGUUUAUGCCAAGUAUGUGCUGAAGAGCAUCUGUCAGCAGGAGUGGGUCGGUGAGCGGUGUCUGAAGUCUCUUUCAGAGGACAGCAGUGCUCUGCAGGAUCCAGUGCUGGUGAACAUCCAGGCUCAGCGGUUACUGCAGCUCAUCUGUUACCCACACAGGCAGCUGGACAGCGAGGAAGGGGAGAAUCCUCAGAGACAGCGCAUCAAACGCAUCCUGCAGAACAUGGACCAGUGGACCAUGAGACAGUCCUCUCUUGAGCUCCAGCUCAUGAUUAAGCAAAGCACAAAUAAUGAGCUCUAUUCUCUACUGGAGAACAUAGCCAAGGCUACCAUUGAAGUUUUCCAGAAGUCUGCGGAGAUGAACUCGAAUAACCCCAGCUGGAAUGGCUCUGCUGUUGCUGGAACCUCCGUCUCCAAUAGCAACAGUGCCAGCAAACUCAAACCUGUGCUCAGUUCCUCUGAGCGUUCAGGUGUUUGGUUAGUGGCUCCUCUGAUUGCUAAACUGCCCACCUCAGUGCAGGGUCAUGUGCUGAAGGCUGCAGGUGAAGAACUGGAGAAGGGUCAACACCUUGGGCCAUCUUCACGCAAAGAGAGAGAUCGGCAGAAACAGAAAAGUAUGUCUCUCCUGAGUCAGCAGCCUUUCCUGUCUCUGGUGCUGACCUGUCUCAAGGGACAAGAUGAGCAGAGAGAGGGUCUCCUGACAUCCCUUUACAGCCAAGUACAGCAGAUUGUGACAAACUGGCGUGAGGACCAGUACCAGGACGACUGCAAGGCCAAGCAGAUGAUGCACGAGGCCUUGAAGCUGCGGCUCAAUCUGGUGGGUGGGAUGUUUGAUACAGUGCAGCGUAGCACACAGCAAACAACAGAAUGGGCGGUGCUUCUACUGGACAUCAUCAGCAGUGGCACAGUAGACAUGCAGUCAAACAAUGAGCUCUUCACUACAGUGUUAGACAUGCUGAGUGUGCUAAUUAACGGCACUCUGGCAGCUGACAUGUCCAGCAUCUCUCAGGGCAGUAUGGAGGAGAAUAAAAGGGCCUAUAUGAACCUGGUCAAGAAGCUGAGAAAAGAACUUGGUGAUCGUCAGUCAGAGAGCUUGGAGAAAGUGAGGCAGUUGCUGCCUCUACCCAAACAGACUCGUGAUGUCAUCACCUGUGAGCCUCAGGGCUCACUCAUUGACACCAAGGGCAACAAAAUAGCUGGAUUUGAAAAAGAGGGUCUUCAGGUAUCGACCAAGCAGAAGAUUUCUCCAUGGGAUGUGUUUGAGGGGCUGAAGCACUCGGCUCCACUUUCCUGGGGAUGGUUCGGAACAGUGCGGGUUGACCGCAAGGUUACAAAGUUUGAGGAGCAACAGAGGCUCCUUCUUUACCACACCCACCUAAAGCCCAAACCACGCAGUUAUUAUCUGGAGCCUCUCCCCCUGCCACCGGAGGAGGAGGAGCCUCCUACACCAGUGGCACCGGAGCCAGACAAGAAGGUGGAUCCAGGGAAGCCGGAAAAGAGUGUCUCCAGUGUUGCACCUGACACUAAUAAGAAGAAAAAGAAAAAGAAACCAUCAUCUGCCAAUAAACAAGAGGAAUACAAGCCUCACAUCUCAGGAGUAAUGCAGUACCCACCAAGCAUGGGCACUGAACUUAUGAACAUGAGCCAACCUUUCAGGAUGGGUUACCCACCUCAAAUGAAUGUGUAUACCCAGAACCAACCUCUACCACCAGGAGGGCCCGUUUUGGAGCCCCCUUUCCGUCCUAGGCCUCCCAUGGGCAAAAUGAUUACAGCACGUCCGAGCACAUACACUAUGAUGUCUAAUAUGCAGGGUGGAAUGAUGGGCAUGGAGAAGCCAUACCAAAUGGGCUAUAAACCCCAACCCAGCAUGCCUCCGGGUCAGAUUCGUCAGCAGCUACAGGUUAGACUGAAUCAUAAUCAUUUGCUUGGACAGCAGAUAAGACAGGUGGCACCCAAUCAACAGUAUCCAUCAAUGCAGCUGGCACAGGGCUACACCACUUAUGGCUCACUUGUGGGGAUGCCGCCACACCCCUCACAGACUGCUGGAAUAGUUCCUUCCGCAUAUGGUAACCAGGGCUUCCAGGGAGUGCAUCCUGGUACAAAUCCAGGGAUGGUGGACCCUAUUAGGCAAAUACAGCAGAGACCUAGUGGCUACGUCCAUCAGCAGGCUCCUGGGACAUAUGCACACACAAUGCAGAACACACAGAGGUUUCCCCAUCAGCAAAUGCAGCAGGCACCUAUGAUCCAUAGCUUGGCUCAAGGUCACAUGGGGGCACAGGGCAUGCAUCCCAGCAUGAGACCCAAUCAGAUGAUGGAUCAGCAGCAGCAGCAGCAGCCGCAACAGCAGCCCCAGCAGCAACAACAGCAGAUGAUCAGACAGCAUCCGGCUCUUCGACAGCAAGUUCAACAGCAGCAGCAGCAGGUUCAGCAACAGCUGCAACAGCAACAGCUGCAACAGCAGCAGGUUCAACAACAGCAGGUUCAACAACAGCAGGUUCAGCAGCAGCAGCAGCAGCAGCAGCAGGUCCAGCCUCAACAGGUGCAGCAGCAACAGGUGGCAAAUGCCCAGCCACCCACUCAAACCAUGGGCAUGCAGCCUCUGCCCCCACAGCAGCCCAUGUUCCCAAGGCAAGGCAUGCAGCAAACCCAGCAGCAGCAGCAGACCGCAGCACUGGUCAGACAGCUCCAGGAGCAGCUCUCAAAUACGCAACCUGGACAGAACACCAACUCCUAUUACUGAGAAAGAGUGUGUGUGUGUGAGUGUGUGAAUGCAUUUCACAGCUGGCAAAGAUUAAGUCUGUCUCCACAGCAGCAGAUACUAGUCUAUACGUUAUGGACCUUUCUGAGAGAAGUGGAACCCUACGCCUAAACUAUGCCCACAUGGCUGUAUCUGAAGUAGAAUUAAACAUUGUUUUUCAGACAUGUAUUUCUAAAAUCUAUAGAGGGUUUGUUCCAACACAUUGACUGAAGUGUACAAUGGAAGAGUUUAUGUAAAAAGAAGUACAGGAAAAUAUAAGAAUAAUGCAACUUUUUUUGUUAAUUUUAUUAUUAUUUCACUUUGUAAAAUUUUUCAGUUUCGUGUAUUUCUCAUUAAAGAAUCAUGUCAGUUUUUAUGCCUUGUCUUCCAUUUUGCAUACUUGCAGAAACACAAAAAGUGGAACAUUAAUGUUUGCUCAAGCUUCUCUGGUCUCUGUCUCCAUCCAGUGUUUAUAAAUAGUUUGCAGGGGUAAAUUUCAUUAAACCUUGAAAGUAAAGACCCCUGCCCCCUUCCUAUAUUUUGCUUAAAAUCACCCAAACAUCAUAUUGCUUCUGAAGUCAGAUUUAACCAGUAGAGUCUUAGGGAUUACAUUUAUGCUGCCUUUAUUUUAUUUUUGAACCUUCUAAGUUCUGGCCAACAUUCACUUUCACUGUAUGGACCUACAGAGCUGAUAUUCUUCUAAAAAUCUUUGUUUCUGUUCUGCAGAAGAAAGAAAGUCAUACAAAUCUGGGAUGACAUGAGGAUGAGAAUACAAUGAGAAAAUGUUCAUUUUAUUUGUUUUUCAAAGACCAUCUCUUUAAUGGUCUUUUAAAAUAUGCUUAAUUUUCUGUAUACAAACUAUAUAUUUUUUCUUUUGGGGUGGAAUUUGAUCUGGACAUGUGUCCUCUUUUAUUAUUAUAUUUAAUCAAGGUUGGCAUUACCUAAACACACUUGAAGCAUUAAUUUAGGUUUUGACUUUGCCAUUUUGGGAUUCCUUCCUUGGCUCCUCUCAAGGUAACUAAACAGUACUCUCAUAUCAGGACCCAGUGCUCUUCCUUCCAAAUGACAUUCUCUUCUGUCCUAUUUCACCAGGAACUUGAGAGAAUCCCAGCUCCUCUCCUCUGGCUUGACUCCAACCUAGAUAACAUUUUGUCUGAAAGCCCAGGCACCACAGGUUGCAGGUGUAUCCCAUACAUCCUGAGGCACUCCUAAGGAUACAUUAAGAAUAGUGUCAAGCCAUUGCUUGUCUUUCGCAUCACUUUGGUCUAGCUUCCAUGGUGCAUGCCUUUGGAUGAACCCAUUGGUCAAACGUGCACAUGCGCUAAUGGCCUCCAUUGCUUUGUACACUUGUAGAUUCUCCCAAGUGUUGUUCUUCUUAUUCAGUUAAUGCAGAUACUGUCCAUCAUUCUGUAGUCUUCCGAAACAGCUUUUCCAGAGUUCUUCAGAUGUUUCCUUUGGGAAGCAAGUGUUGCAGAAUUGGGGAUACACCUGCUUGGGGUUGAGGGAUGGUGCAGUGCAGCGGUUCAAAAGUCCACCAAGUGCACCAGCCAGUUCAAUGUGUCACAGCUUAAUGACUUUAUCGUCGUGAUAGUCGCAGUCCGAGUCAGGAACCCCUUGUCUCAGAAGAAAGUAGCGCAGUCCAUCCACAGUAAACUUCUCCAAUGUUUCUUGUGGAUUGACCACCUUUCCAAGACUCUUGGACAAUUUCUUGCCCUCUACUGUCCAGUGCUAGUGCACGUGUAUCGUCUGAGGUAGGGGUAACCCUGCAGCUAAGAGACAUGUCGGCCAGUAUAUUGCAUGAAAUUCAAGAAUGUCUUUACCUGGGGCCUAGGUAGCUCAGCAAGUAUUGACACAGACUACCAACCCUGAAGUCACGUGGAGGCAUGCUGAGUGACUCCAGCCAGGUCUCCUAAGCAACCAAAUUGGCCCGGUUGCUAGGGAGGGUAGAUUCACAUGGGGUAACCUCCUUGUGAUCACUAUAAUGUGUGCUUCUCGAGCUCGGUGGGGUGCGUGGUGAGUUAUGAGUGGCUGCCGUGGAGAAUAGCCUCCACAAACGCUACGUCUCCAUUGUAACGCGCUCAACAAGCCACGUGAUAAGAUGCGCGGAUUGACCUCUCAGAUGUGGAGGCAACCGAGAUUCAUCCUCUGCCAUCCGGUUUGAGGCGAGGCACUUCGCCACCAUGAGGACUUGGAGCGCCUUGGGCAUUCCAAAUUGGGAAGACAAAAAAAGAAUGUCUGUACCUACGAGAUGUUGGACAACUAUCCACCACUUGGAGUGAUUCUGCGGAUAACCAAUGACAGUUUAGUAAUUCACUAUCCAACCAAACAUAGAUGUUUGUUCUGGAUCUCCGGGGAGUGAAAUACCCCUCUGAAGGUGGUUUUCCUGGCGAGACACUGACAGAUUGGGAGAUCAUCUUCAAGCCAUUGAAGAACUAAAUGCUGAAACUUUACAGGCUUGAUGACCUUUGGGUUUGAUUGAAACCACUGAAGCAAUUUGCUGUGGAAUUCCGAUAGACGGAACAUGUAAUUGUUUUCCUUCAUCCAUUCCACCUGUCAUUGGAAACAUUUGAAAAAUUGCUGUUGGUGUCAUAACUGAUGCCACGUUUAAGAACUUUGGAUUACUAAUAGUAGAACGAUAUAUUGGCCAGACUGAUUAAUCGGCCGAUAUUUCGCCAUUUUUAAUUUAUAGGCAUUGGCUGAUAACUGUGCACUCAAUCUGAUUAACAGAUUGGUCAUUAUGGAUGGUGUCAUUUCCAAAAACUUCUGGAUCAAAAAAUCAAUGGAUAGUGCACAUUUUCAGUUUACAAGCAUAUUUUUGACUUUUGAUUAAAUGUUGUGUAAAAUGAGUGUUGGUCUAAAAUUAGCAAUUUUAUGCACACAUUAUUUGCUGUCAUUAAAUUGUAUUGUAUCUCCUUAGAUAUCAGUACUGGUAUUGACCAUUAAACAAAAAGCCAUCGGUUAACCUCUUCUACAUGGGUCAAUGAUGUGACACAAAAAUGUUUUUUGUCUGGAUCUAUUAAGUUAUUCUAAUAUGCAAAAAAAUGCAGUUCACAUAAGACAUUUACUUUGGCACACCUCUACUGUGAUAUAAAUAUUUAUAGUUUCUGAGAUCAGAGUCAUUGUGAUAUAUUUCUGGGGGUUAAAUAAAAUGCUGAAGUGGUCCAACUGUCAGUAAAAAAUAAAAAUAAAUGGA